AUGGAAUAUAAAGUAUUAAGUAAAUAUUUGAUAAAGAGAGGUUAUCCCAAAAAACAUUUGGAAGUCGAGAUUGAUUUUGACUUCUUACAAAAAGGAUUGAUUCUAGAUGCUGAAAAAGGAAAUAUUUUAAAGAUUGCAUGUGACGGAAAGAUUAUACGUGCAACGCAUGGUACUAAAGUAUUAUCUGAGGAUGAAAUUGAAAAAUAUUACAAAAAUUCCCACUGGGAAUUAUCAGAUUUGUUCGUCAAAGACCCUCUAGAAGUUUGGAAUGGCCCCCAUUCAGAUAAAAUACGUUCUCUUUUGGACUAUUUUGACAUUAUAGUAUCUUUAUUAUUUGCACGAUGUGUUGACUCUGUAGAUGAAGAAAAAAAUGGAAUCCAAGAAAAGUAUUCUGUUUAUGAUGAUAUAUACGAAGGCCUUCUAAGUAUGUUUGAAAUUGAACAUUUCCAGUCUAAUAAAGGCGGAUACUAUUUAGAAAUGAAGUCAACACCUCAAAAAUAUUAUUAUAAAUGUCCUAAUAAAGUACUUGACUGGUUGAAAACUUUGAGAAAACAAGGAAAGCUUCUCUUUUUAAUAACAGGCUCUUAUAUUGAUUUUGCUUCAUGCACUGCUUCAUAUACAUUGGGUUCAGAUUGGAAAGACUACUUCGAUAUUAUAAUAACCUAUGCUAAAAAACCUGGUUUCUUCACAAUAGAGAGAGAAUUUAUCGGCUUAGAUGGAAUCAAACAAACAGGUCCAAUAGAUCCUAAAAAUUUAGAGUUGGGUGGCAUAUAUGCAAAUGGAAAUUGGAAAGACCUGUAUGCAUUUUUAUUGAAACAUUCAUCCAGUCCAGAUCCAAAGUGUUUAUACAUUGGUGACAGUGUCAUUCAAGAUGUUUAUGCGCCUGAUACAUAUUCACACUGUGAAACUGUAGCUGUUUGCGAAGAACUGAGUACUAUUCAUCCAGAUGAAAAAAUAAUAACUUCUGCAUUUUGGGGAUCUUAUUUUAAGGAGAAAGAAGUUGACACCAUUUGGAGUAGAAUUAUUGAGGAGAAGGCUAAGUUAAGUGUUCCUGAUUUGGAAUAUGCUGCUGGAUUACCUUAG